AUGUACUGUUUGUUUUUUUGUCCUACAGGAGUAUUUACUGCAGCGUUUGAUUGUCAAAUUGAGUGGUUAAUUGUGAAAGGAAUAGCUGACUAUGCAGAUGGUUCUCAGUUAGCUUCAGAGAGUUGGUCUUCCUGUGCCAGUGUGAUGGCAGCAUCUCUUGUUGCACACAUGUUGAGUGAUCCCCAUGUUUUCCGUUCAUGGCCUCAUUAUCAAGGUAAUUAUGCUAUCAUAAAGUGCUGCCACAUCUUGGCAUCUGAUUUAUUGAAUCCAUUGUUGGGUUCGUUCCAUAGUGCAGUGGCAGAUAAGCUACAUGGUACAUGCUCUGGGGUGCAUGCCAUCCCAAAUUCAGCUGUCCAACACUCACCACUUGUUCAGAUUGUUUAAGGUGAGAUUCAAUGAAUGUGAUAUGUUUCUGUAAACUAACAAGAAGCAUUAGAAGUGUGCAUCUUAUUAUUUAGGAACCAGUACAAUUUGAGUUACUUUGCAAUAAUUAGACGCUAUCAUGAUAGUCCGCAUUACACCGUAAAUCCUCUAUUAAGCCCCCCUCCCUCUUAUAAUCCCCCCUCCCCUCCCCUAAUUAUUCUUUACUAAUAAUUGAUAGACUGUAUUAAUCAAUCACGACUGUGAAACUUCGUGUGGAAUAAUCCAGGAUACCAACUGGACGUUUGGAUUUGAUUCUGAUCCUCCGUACAUGACCUUAAACCUUCUUGUACUUGAGCUUUUUCACUUAGUUUUGUAGUUCUCUAUGGAGAGCUGAUACCAUCGUCUUUUCGAAAUUAAUUGAGCCCCCCCCCCGCCCCCCCCCAUCUCAAAGAAGGAGGAUUUACGGUAAUGAUAUUUUGACAUUUGAAAUGCAUAUUUUAGACAGUAGUGAAAAUAUUGUUAUUAUUAUCGUUUUAUUCGUCAUCAGUGAAUCAAUAAUAUAUCAAUUUUGUUAUCAAACUAAUGAGUGUUUUUUCUUCAGGACCACAACAAACCCACUAUGAUGAAACCUUAGUCGCUCCUUACAUCGAACGUAUGAAGAAACAUGUCCGAGAUGUCACUGACAAACCUUACAGAGACCUCAAAUCACCUUUUCAUAAUCCAGGCGAAGGACCUAGAAGAGAUCUAAAACUUGACGAAAUCUUCACCAAUUUGAUUGUUUAUGAAGGGAGAGCUAAGUAUGACUUUUCAGGAGACAGAGUGAAACAGCUAAACGAGUACCUCAAAGCCAAUGAAAGUUUACGACCAACAGGGCCAGGAGAUAUUUUUGAUGCUAAAGGGCAGAAGCAGAAGAUUCUUGUUGUCGGUCGUCCUGGAAUUGGAAAAACCAUGUUUAGCACAAAGAUUCUUCGCAACUGGGCGUCCGAUAACCUUUUCAACGAAACCCAAAAAUCGCAAGUCGAUUUUAAAGUUGCCUUUCUCGUUAAGCUGAGAAUGUUUAACUCUAGAAACCAAGAACUAAAUCUUCGCGAGCUUCUGGAUCACUCAGAGUAUUCAACCGCUCUUUCCGAAGAGCUCUGGAACUACAUCCGCCUCAACCCAGAGCGAGUGCUGUUGAUUUUUGAUGGAUUUGACGAAUAUUCUGGUAGGACUAAAAUAAAUAAAGAUGACAUUCCGUACAGAAACAGUGAAGAGGAAAGGAUGCCUGUUUAUUUCCUUAUGAAGAAAAUAGUACAGGGAAAAAUUCUUACCGGUGCGACAAUUCUAACGACUACAAGACCCAAUGCCGUGUCAUGUAUGAAAAGUCUUGACUUCCACAAAACAGUUGAAAUUCUGGGAUUCUCAACUGAGCAAGUAAAUAAUUAUGUAGAGAAGUUUACAAAGGAGGCGGACAAAGCGGAAACCAUAAAGCAACACAUCACCAGUAACUUAAACCUUGUAGCCUUCUGCUACGUUCCUGUUAAUUGCUUUAUCAUUUGUAGUUGCUUGUUAGAGCUGCUUGGUAACGCUGGCUUUACCAGCCUCCCGACGAGACUGACAGAAAUAUACUCAAUUGCAGUAAGGAUGUUUUACUUUAGCUACGAUGAUGAUCAAUAUCGCCACAAUAAAACUGAAGGUCAACAGUAUUUUCUUAAGCCGUUUAAGGAACUGCCUUCCUCUGUGCAAAAUGUGUUCACACGACUGGGAAAAAUUGCUUUUGACGGAAUUAAAAACCGAAGACUAAUUUUUGAAUCACACGAAGUUAACGACCUAAAGGGUAAUGGCCUGUUUCACCGUUUACCUGAUUUUAGAGACCGUCCUUUAGCAGAGGGAAGAGCGCAAUAUUGCUUUUUACACCUGACCAUACAGGAGUUCUUGGCGGCGAAGUAUUUGGUAGACACGUUGAGUUCCGAACAACUGCGGGAUUUUGUUGCCGCUCACAUCAAGGAUGGCGCGUGGAAGGUUGUGAUGCAGUUUGUGGCUGGACUGCUGGCUGAAAAAGAAGGACAAUCAACAGAUAUUUUCAGCGACCUUCUUCCCUCAGAAACGUUUACUGAUGAAGAUGACAUCAUGGUGAAUGAAGAUUCAGAGGAAACACUGACCAGUUGGCCAGAUUAUGAAGACAGGUUUUUAGUGGUGACGCUAUUCAAUUGCAUGUAUGAGAACAAAGCCUCUGAUCGAGAAGUUCAAAAGAAACUGGCGAAAAUUGGUUGUAAUGCCCUUGAUUUUAGUCAGUGUAACCUGUCACCUCUCGACUGUUUAGCAUUAGUGCAUGCACUUAAAUCUGUUGAAGGAAUUUUGUAUUUUAAGUUAUUCGACAACAACCUUCCGUCGCUAGGAUGUAUUGAGAUUGCGAAGUUGUUACCUGGCAACGAACACAAUCAGGGUUUUUGCGAACUAAAAAGAUUAAACCUCCAGUAUAACAACAUAACUGAUGAAGGAGUUAAACAUUUAUGUACAGCACUCACACACACUAACUGCACACUAAACAGCUUAAACCUCUGGGGUAACAACAUAACUGAGGAAGGAGUUAAACAUUUAUCUACAGCACUCACACACACUAACUGCAAACUAAACAGCUUAGACCUCGCGGGUAACAGCAUAACUGAUGAAGCAGUUAAACAUUUAUGUACAGCACUCACGCACACUAACUGCACACUAAACAAGUUAAACCUCGUGGCUAACAACAUAACUGAUAAAGCAGUUAAAGAUUUAUCUACAGCACUCACACACCCUAACUGCAAACUAAACAUCUUAGACCUCUAUCGUAAUCAAAUAACCCAGAAAGGUAAAAAUGACCUAAAAUCAAUGAACAUAAACUGUAAAGUAGUUGUCUAAUCCUUGUAUGCAAUAUAAAUGUUUCUCUGUUGAAGGAAUUAUGGAUUUUGAUUUAAGCUUCAACAACCUUCAGUCGCUAGGAUGUAUUGAGAUUGCGAAGUUGUUACCUAGCAACCAACACAAUCAGGGUUUUUGCGAACUAAAAAGAUUAAACCUCGCUUAUAACCAAAUAACUGAUGAAGCAGUUAAACAUUUAUGUACAGCACUCACACACACUAACUGCACACUAAACAGCUUAUACCUCGGGCAUAACGACAUAACUGAUGAAGCAGUUGAACAUUUAUGUACAGCACUCACACACACUAACUGCAAACUAAACAGCUUAAACCUCUAUGAUAACAACAUAACUGAUGAAGGGGUUAAACAUUUAUCUACAGCACUCACACAUACUAACUGCAAACUAAACAGCUUAAACCUCUAUGAUAACAACAUAACUGAUGAAGGGGUUAAACAUUUAUCUACAGCACUCGCACAUACUAACUGCAAACUAAACAGCUUAAACCUCUAUGAUAACAACAUAACUGAUGAAGGGGUUAAACAUUUAUCUACAGCACUCGCACAUACUGACUGCAAACUAAACAGCUUAAACCUCGGGUACAACAAAAUAACUAAUAAAGCAGUUAAACAUUUAGCUACAGCACUCACACACACUAACUGCAAACUAAACAGCUUAAACCUUGAAGGAAUUUUG